AUGCCGCCGAAGCGCAGUGCCGAGGACGUCCAGACACUCAAGGAGAAACUCCACAACGCGAAUGUCCGCGGCCGUCGCACUGGUGGCACGAAUCCAACGAACGACAACAGCCUGAAAGAGGUCGACAAUGCGUCUACCAACAGUGGCCAGACAUCAAACGACCUCGACACCUCGAACAUGAAAUGGACUUCUCAAGAGUCUGCCGUUCUCCAGGGCUACCGACGAGCAUACCGCCUCGACACGCCCUCGACCUUCAAGAACCCGCUCAGCCACGUCGUCCUCGGCCAGGGCAUAGGACGCAUGUCCCCUACCAUGGCACGCGCGAAGUCAAAACGACGAGUACACAAAGCUCAGCUUGCAAUGGCUGUACGGAAGAACUUCAAUGCUAUUGGUGUCAGCGAGAGCGACGUCAUCGUUGACUGGCUGUACAAGACGAAACACCAGGAUGACGAGUUCCGUAUCCGUUUUACGCCGCAACGCAAAUGA